GAGGCUUAACCGCGUCGUCGUUACUCAUACAGCGCCGCCAGUGCGCCCGCGCAACAUCGCUCGGCCGCAGCGCGACUGUCGCGAUUUUCAACACUGAAAAUGUUGCUCUUCAAUACACUCUAAUUUUUCGUGGUAAACGCGGAAAAUUGUGGACUAAUUUGUUACUUUGCUUUUUGUAAAUCGUUCUAAAUAAAUAAAUAAAUCAAAAUGGUCAGUGGUAAUAAAGACCCGAGCAAGCCAAAUAAAAUCCCACCUAAAAACCGUGAGAAGAAGAGCAAUAACUACAAGAGGGCGAACUUGUUCUCGAAAGCAUGGUUCGUGUGGAUGAUGCCAACCUUCUGGCGAGGGUACAAGCGGGACUUGUACGACUCGGACCUCACCAAGCCGAAGGACAGCCAUCUCUCAGACCAACUCGGAGACCGCCUCGAAAAGAAAUGGCUGGAGGAAAUUGCAUUAGCGAGCAAGUCCGGCAGAAAACCUUCCCUGCUGCGUGCCAUGACGAAAGCAUUCUGGAUGAGUUUCGCUCCUUCCGGAUUCAUGUUCCUCAUACAAGCCCUCGUGCUUAAACCGUUCCAGCCGGUUGCGUUGAGCAUGAUGCUUGCGUACUGGGAGCCGGGGUCGGACAUGUCGUACGAGCAGGCGGUGUACUGCGCCUCUGCCGUCAUCUUCAUGUCGCUGUUCAUCGCCUUCCUCAACCACCACGGCACAUACUCCACCCAACAGUUCGGCAUGAAAGUCCGCAUAGCUGCGUGCUCGCUUAUUUACAGAAAGGUGAUGCGUAUGAGCUCUGGCGCGCUGGCACAGACAACCGCCGGCCAGGUGGUGAACUUGCUGUCGAACGACGUGAACCGCUUCGACUACGCGUUCAUCUACUCUCACUUCAUCUGGCUGCUCCCACUGCAAGUCGUCGUGGUCUGCUACCUCAUCUACAUCAAGAUCGGAUACGCUGCCAUCGUCGGCGUCGUCGGCAUCGUCUUGCAAACUAUACCAGUGCAAUCAUACAUGAGUAAAUUGGCAGCAAGACUCCGCAUGAAGACUGCUACCAAAACCGACGAGCGCGUGCGCAUCAUGGACGAAAUUAUCAAUGGCAUGCAGGUGAUAAAAAUGUACGCGUGGGAGAAGCCGUUCGAGCAAGUGGUGGCCCUGGCUCGCAAGAACGAGAUCAACUGCAUCACCUCCGCUUCCUACCUGCGAGGAGUAUACCUCAGCUUCAUGGUGUUCACCGAGAGACUCACGCUCUACAUCACCCUCCUCUCCUACUCGCUAUUCGGCUUUCAAGUCACUGCCGAUAUUGUAUUUCCACUGGCGCAAUUCUUCAACACACUGCAAGGGACGCUCUCAAUAAUCAUGUCAAAUGCAGUUUCAUUUUUGGCGGAGGCGCUAAUUUCGGUUCAGCGCCUUGAGGCGUUUAUGUUACUUGAUGAACGUGAGGACUUGCGGAGUGUGGCUGACGUAGACAUCGCGAAGCUGGUGCAGAGCGUGGAGAACAAGAAGAACAAGAACCUGAGCGAGGUGGACCUCUGCCACAACUCCUUCAAGAAGAUUGACGUCGACGGCAUUUAUAACCCCGGUUUUGAAUGCAACGAGAAGGGCUUAAUGAACCCAGGGCUCAACGGAAUCCCGGUGAAUUCUGACGUGGGCAUCCUCAUCCAGAAUGUGAACGCGAGCUGGACUGAGGACGGUCCGCUGACACUGCGUGACGUCAGCAUUACCGUGCCCAAGGGCAAACUCUGCGCCAUCAUUGGAUCCGUUGGCUCCGGCAAGAGUUCCAUACUGCAACUGCUCCUGAAUGAGUUGCGCUCCACCAGCGGGCGCGUGCACCUCUGUGGCCCGCUGGCGUACGCCAGCCAAGAGCCGUGGCUGUUCGUAGCCACCGUCCGCCAGAACAUACUCUUUGGACUGCCUUAUAACUCCAAGAAAUACAAGGAGGUGGUGAGGGUGUGUGCGUUGCAGAAGGACUUCCAGCAGUUCCCCCACGGAGACCAGACGUUGGUGGGAGAACGAGGCGCCUCACUAUCUGGUGGGCAGCGAGCUCGUAUCAACCUCGCCAGGGCUGUUUACCGACAAGCGGAAAUCUAUCUGCUGGACGAUCCACUGUCGGCGGUGGACGCUCACGUCGGGCGCCAACUGUUCGACGAGUGCAUCAGCGGGUACCUGCGCCACACCACACGGGUGCUCGUCACGCAUCAGCUACACUACUUGAAGGCUGCCGACUACAUCGUGAUCAUGAACAACGGCAAAAUAGAAGCUAAGGGGACGUACGAUGAACUACAAACAUCUGGCAAAGAUUUCGCCAAACUGUUGUCCGCUUCACACGAUGAAAACGAUGACAACAAGGAAGCUGAAAAACCUCCCCCAAUGUCUAGACGCACGUCGGCUAGACUAUCAACAACUCGACGGCCGUCUCUGUCUGAAUCGAUGACUGGUUUCGAGAUUCCUGCUCAAGAGAUGGAGGAAGAGGAACGCGAGUCAGGCUCCAUGGGGUGGCAAGUGUAUGGAGCAUACUGGCGCGCCGGUGGACGUACUGGCACGAUCCUCUUCAUGAUUGUUCUACUGAUCGUCGGACAACUGUCAGCGACGCUGUGUGACUAUUGGGUCACUUUCUGGACAAACGAAGUCACCCGACAGAAGGAGAGAGAAACAAAUAGCACCACCACUAUCGAUUACGACCGAGUCAUCGCACCAAAGAAUACCACUUUCAACCUCGCAACCUACUUCUCUGGAAUAGACCUUGUACCAGACCUGGACAUCCACGCCUACAUCGGCCCGCUGGACACGUCACAGUAUCUCUAUGUGUACUCGGCUCUGAUCGUGUGCUGCAUCUUCUUCAUCACGGCGCGGGCUUUCAUGUUCUUCAAGGUGUGCAUGACGGCUUCGCGUAACCUGCACAAUGACAUGUUCCACUCCAUGCUUAGAGGCGUCAUGAGAUUCUUCGAUGCCAACUCUUCAGGACGGAUUCUCAACCGUUUCUCCAAAGACAUCGGCGCGUUGGAUGAGUUACUUCCUCGUUUCCUGUUGGAAUGUAUACAGAUUUACCUGGUGAUGUUCAGUAUCCUCGCUCUCAAUGCUGCGGCGCUAGUGUGGACGUUGCUACCCACUACUAUCAUCCUACUGCUGUUCUACACUAUCCUGCAGAUAUACCUCAAAUCAGCGCAGUCCAUCAAACGAUUGGAAGGAACUACGCGGAGUCCAGUGUUCUCCCAUAUGUCAGCGACCCUCAACGGCAUUAGCACCAUUCGUUCUUCCGGAGCCCAACAACGGUUGAUAAAAGACUUCGACCGCUUCCAGGACAUCCACACGUCUACCUGGAGCAGCUACCUCGCCAGCGGGGUCACCCUAGGCUUCUGGCUCGACUUCAUCUGCGUGCUCUACCUCGCCAUCGUCAUCGUUGCUUUCCUAGUCAUAGACAGUAAAACAAUAUUCUCUGGGAACGUGGGGCUGGCGAUAUCGCAGACACUGAUCCUCACGGGCAUGCUACAGUUCGGAGUGCGACAGACCGCCGAGGUGAUCUCGCAGAUGACCAGUGUCGAGAGAAUACUGCAGUACACGCACAUAGAGCGGGAACCCCAGUGGGACAAAGGAGCUAAAGAAACACCAAAAGGCUGGCCUUGGCGAGGCACCAUCGAAUUCAAAAACUGCUACAUGAAGUAUACGCCAGAAGACUUGCCAGUACUCAAAAAUCUCAACUUAGUUCUUCAAAGCGGUUGGAAGGUGGGUAUUGUUGGUCGUACUGGUGCAGGGAAGUCUUCUCUGAUAUCGUCAUUAUUCCGUCUGGCCAUCGUGGAGGGCGAAAUCCUGAUUGAUGAAGUUGAUACUUCACAGUUGGCUCUUCAGGAACUGCGGUCGAAGAUAUCCAUCAUUCCACAAGAACCAGUCCUGUUCUCUGCCACUAUACGAUACAAUUUGGACCCGUUCAAUGAAUACGACGAUGACAAACUAUGGCAAGCGCUAGAAGCUGUGGACCUGAAAGCAGCGGUGCCAGCCCUGGACUUCAAAGUAUCGGAAGGAGGUUCCAACUUCUCCCUCGGACAACGACAGCUGGUGUGCCUGGCGCGCGCCAUCCUCCGUGGGAACCGCAUCCUGGUGCUCGACGAAGCCACAGCCAACGUCGACCCCAAAACGGACGAGUUUAUCCAAAAAACUAUACGAAAACGUUUCGCGGACUGCACUGUCCUGACAGUGGCUCACCGCCUCAACACUAUCAUGGACUCGGACCGCGUCAUGGUGAUGGACGCCGGCCGGCUCGUCGAGUUCGACCACCCCUACAACCUACUCAAAAACCCCGAGAGCCACUUUACGAAGAUGGUCAAAGAAACCAGUGACAAAAUGUCUGCUCAACUCUACCAAAUCGCGAAGGACACGUACAUAAACAAUGGUGGGGUAAUAGAAUAAAUAACAUAUCGCAGUGAUCGCGAACACGAUGGCAUUAAAACGGCCAGAUAGGCUUUAGUAGAAUUAUUCAUCUAUUUAGUACCUCUGAAUCGAGAAAGCACACUAUAGUUCGUCUUUGAACACCGAAGACACGUUAUCUAUUAUGGUGAUACGCUAAGAUAGGUAAGUAUCUAAAAGUGGAUUCCGUGCGAUCGUUGAUCUUCAAAUCCUAAGCGUGGGACAAUACAACGAAUAUCGGUAUUCAUCAAAGUUUAGAUUAGUUUAUUGCAUAAGACACAAUCUUAAUAAUUUUAAUGGCUACAUAUUCUGUGCAGUCCAGAAAUUAUCGCCUGGUGCAUGCAACUUUCAUCCAAGCGACGCAAUAGAAUACAAUGAUUAGCAUAAGAUCGAUGUAGGUGGUUGGUGCUUAGUAACUUCUCAUACGACGCUUGCAGGUUCGCUCCUACUAGCCAUCGUUAAUGGUACGGUAACCUCCCUACACAUAUUCGUAACCUUAGAAUGUUAUUAAUAAGUCAUAUUUUGUUAUUGUAAUUUUUACAAUCAUGCAAUAGAUAUAAGUAUUUAAUUAUGUUAUUCUAUAAUAAUGACUGAAGAUUUUUGCUGGAUGUGUACCUAGGUGUAUAAGAUACAAUUUAGGUGUUAAGUGGAGUUCAGAAAAGAAACUGUGUUAUUUAUUUUUAUUAUAAAAUUGUAAUAAAUAUUAUUAGUGAUUCAUACUAAAAAUCAACCAUUGUAAAUGCCAUAGAGGAUGUCCUCGAACAAAUAAAUUUAGAUAAUCAAAUUUGUGUUUGGAAUAGUCCCAUAAUUCCUUUACAAGAAAUACACAAUGUGAAAUGUU